GUUGUUAGGGUUUAAGAGUGUAGGGGUUGGAACUACUUGGGGUUUUGCUCUUACAUGAUUUCCUGUAACUUCUAGGGUUUCACUUUCUCUCUCACCAAAUUCCUCUCUCAUUUCCACUAUUAGGAGUUACUGUUUCAUCUCUGAGACUCCAACAUCACCAUGUGGGCGCUUCGCCGUGCCGCUAAUCCUCUCAGGAAUCGAGGAUUCAGCAUCAAAACUUCUCGAGCUUCUUGUGUUAAAUCAAAAGUAACAAGUUGUUAUUUAGAUGACAAAGCUAGUAAUGGUGAUUCUUGCCUUGUAAUAUCUGAUGGAUGCAUGUCUUUGAAGAGAUUUUACAGCUCAGCACAUGGUUCUCCAAAAUUUCUUAUGGGUACGUGCAGUUUUUCCUCUCAGGCGGACACAAAAAGCAGUGCACAAGAAGAAGAUGAUCUGGAGGAUGGGUUUUCUGAGCUUGAAACUCCAGCUAGUGCUGACAUGAUACAAGACAGCAACGUGGACGGAGAAAAUGAAGAUGAAUUGAUUUCUGAACCAGAGCUCUCUGAAGAAGAAGAUGAUGAUGAUGGUGUGGAAGAACCUCAAAAUGAGCUAGAAUUAUCUGAUACUGAGGCAGAUGUAACUGAGAAAAGAUCUCCACCAAAGAGAGCUUUUUCAACAUUGUUCCAGGCUAUCGUGGAUGCUCCGGGUUUGUCUGUUCAAAGUACUUUGGAUAAAUACGUUGAGGAGGGAAAUGACUUGAGUCGGUCAGAGAUAUCCUUGGCCAUGUUAAACCUUCGGAAGCGUCGGAUGUAUGUGAGGGCAUUGCAGCUCUCGGAGUGGCUGGAGUCAACUAAGCAGCUUGACUUUGUUGAGAGAGACUAUGCUUCUCGCCUUGAUUUGAUUGCCAAGGUGCGUGGUCUCCAGAAGGCUGAGAACUACAUUGAGAAGAUCCCAAAAUCCUCCAGGGGGGAAGUAAUCUACCGCACCCUUUUGGCUAAUUGUGUUUCUGCCAAUGAUGUGAAGAAAACAGAGGAAGUGUUCAACAAAAUGAGGGACCUUGAAUUCCCAAUUACAUGCUUUGCGUGCAAUCAAUUGCUUAUCCUGUAUAGGAGAUUUAACAAGAAAAAAAUAGCUGAUGUGUUGUUACUAAUGGAGAAAGAGAACGUGAAGCCGACUCUCUUCACUUAUAAAUUCCUAAUAGAGACCAAAGGCCAAUCCAAUGAGAUUACCGGGAUGGAUCAGAUUUUUGAGACAAUGAAAGCUGAUGGGAUUGAACCCGACCUCGACACACACGCCAUAUUGGCUAAGCACUAUGUCUCUGGUGGGCUCAAUGAAAAGGCCGAGGCUGUUCUGAAAGAGAUGGAAGGAGACAACAUUAAAGAGAAACGCUGGGCUUGCCGUGCUCUGCUUCCUCUGUAUGCUUCUCUUGGAAAAUCUGAUGAAGUGGGUAGAAUUUGGAAGGUUUGUGAGUCUAAUCCCAAACUCGAGGAGUGCAUGGCUGCCAUUUUAGCUUGGGGAAAAUUAAAGAAAAUUGAAGAAGCAGAGGCAGUCUUCGAUAGGAUGUCAAAAACAUGGAAAAGACUAUCUUCAAAGCAUUAUUGUACGCUCUUGAAAGUUUAUGCAGAUAAUAAGAUGUUGAACAAGGGAAAAGAUCUUGUGAAGCGAAUGGUAGAUAGUGGGUCCCGGAUUGACCCUUUGACGUUGGAUGCGCUCGUUAGGCUUUAUGUGGGAGCUGGAGAGGUGGAAAAAGCUGAUUCAAUUUUGCAGAAAGCUAUCCAGCAGAGCCAGAUGAAGCCAAUGUUUGGUUCUUACAUGUCUAUUUUGGACCAGUAUGCCAAGAGAGGCGACAUACAUAAUUCUGAGAAAAUGUUUCAUAGGAUGAGACAGGUCGGGUUUGUGGCUCGGCUUCCACAAUUCCAAGCUUUAUUACAGGCUUAUGUUAAUGCCAAGGCUCCGGCUUAUGGUAUCAGAGAGAGGAUGAAGGCGGAUAAUGUAUUCCCAAAUAAAGUGGUUGCAGGGCAGUUGGCUCAGGUAGAUGCAUUUAGGAAGACGGCUGCCUCAGAUUUGCUGCUCGAUUGAACCAAUGUUCUUCUGGGAUGAACUAGUAUUGAUUUGUUGCAGGUUGAGCAUUCGGCUUCUGUUGAAGUUUUUAACAUUGCAGUUCUUGCGCACGAGGAAUCUUUAUCGAGUGUUCUUGUUACUCUCUCUCCCUCCCUCCCCAAAUAUGAUUUGUUCUUGGUGUUUGGUUGGUGAUAGUUUUGCUCUUUCAGAUGUAGAAAUGUGAAUGUGUCUAGCUUCUGUAGAUCAUUUCGUACCUCUACUGGAGAUGCAAAUGAGCCAUGCUGGGUAGUAAGUCUGACUGUAGUGUCAUCGAUUGCUGCAUGACCUUAAAUUUUUGAAUGAUAAAUUUUGAUAUUAAAUAAUUGUAUGAAACCAAAUGAAAAAUAUAUUUUCUUAACAUGAGAGGACUUUAAAUUGCUUUA